UCUUACAUGUUCGCAUCUCUUUGUGCAGAUUGCUAGAACCCAGAUACAUAAUCAAAACGGAGUUCCGAUUAAUCAAAGUCGGAAAAUUUUAAAAUGUUCGCUUAGAGAUUUUAGUUUUUGUGAAGUAAGUUUUCUCCUUUUUUCGUAAAUUUUCUAAAAAAUCUCGAGGGACCUCAGAAUCGAGUCUGAAAGACAUGUACAGAGCUCUCUGGCUUUCUCCAUUGCGAUUUAUUCUGAGCUCCUCGUCGUCAAAGUUAACGCCUUACGUAUCUCGGAUACCGGGACGAAGUGGAAUUGAUAAUGGGUCUGGUUGUUCUUGUUCUCGUAGUGUCACGACAUUGAUAGGUAAUGAAUUCAUUCGAUGCCAAGAUGAGUCAACUAGGAAGAUCUUACAAUUGCAGAUUGUUAGUGCCCUUCGAUCCGGAGAGAGGCCUGGAGCGUCAGCUCUGCUUCUAGAGUUAAUACAGGGGAAUUAUUCACUUGGUGCUGAUGAUUUUCAUGUUAUUCUUAAUUAUUGUGCUCGAUCACCGGAUCCUGUGUUUGUCAUGGAGACUUACAGUGUAAUGUGUAAGAAGGAAAUCAGUCUGGACAGCAGAUCUUUUUUGUUCAUAGUACAAACCCUUUGUAAUGGGGGACACUUGGAUAAGGCAUCAGAGUUUAUUCACUCUGUCGGAGAAGAUGAUAGUAUCUCUCCUAUUCUGCCCAUCUAUAACUAUUUUCUUGGAGCCUGUGCAAAAACGAGAAGUGGAUAUCACGCUAGAAAAUGUUUGGAAUUGAUGGAUCAACGGAGUGUGGGGAAGAAUGAAAUAACAUAUGCAGCACUUCUCAAGCUUGCAGUUUUUCAGCGCAACCUAUCAGCUGUCAAUGAUAUCUGGAGACACUAUAUCGACCACUAUAGUCUCAAUAUAGUCUCUCUCAGAAAAUUCAUAUGGUCCUAUACGAGGUUGGGGGAUUUGAAAUCAGCAUAUGAAUUAUUGCAGUACAUGGUGGAUCUAGCUUUAAGAGGAGAGCUCUUUGUUCAAUCCAGAGGAGGAAAAUUGCAUUCCACGAGACUGGAUAUUCCUGUACCAUCAAAUGGUGAAACCGGAUCAGAGAAAGUUGCUUUUGGAGUAAAUGAUCACAUGGUUUCGCCAAGGUUGGAUGCUCAUGGCAAUAACAUUGUGGAGAGCAAUUCGUCUGGUGCACAGAGUAAUGAAAUUGAGUCUUCUAGAAUGGCUUUGCCAAGAGGCCAAAACAAAACACCUGCAACUAGGAUCCUCAGGUGGUCGUUCAAUGAUGUGAUUCAUGCGUGUGGACAAUCUAAAAACUCUGAGCUAGCAAAGCAGCUAAUGUUGCAGAUGCAAAAUCUUGGGUUGCUACCAUCAAGCCACACAUAUGAUGGUUUUAUUAGAGCUGUUGCAUUUCCAGGAGGAUACGAAUAUGGCAUGUCACUGUUGAAAGUUAUGCAGCAGCAGAAUCUGAAACCAUAUGAUUCAACUCUUGCUACGGUUUCAGCCUAUUGCAGUAAAGCCUUUCAAGUUGAUUUAGCUGAACAUUUACUGGAUCAAAUAUCUGAAUGCUCGCACGCAUAUCCUUUUAAUAACCUUCUUGCUGCAUAUGACUCCUUGGAUCAACCAGAGCGUGCUGUCCAGGUUUUGGCUAGAAUGAAACAGCUAAAACUGCGUCCAGAUAUGAGAACCUAUGAACUGCUCUUUUCAUUAUUUGGUAAUGUGAAUGCACCAUAUGAGGAGGGCAACAUGUUGUCCCAAGUAGACUGCUGUAAAAGGAUUAAUGCUAUAGAAAUGGACAUGCUGAGAAACGGUUUUCAGCACAGUCCUAUCUCAAGGCGGAAUGUGCUGAGAGCCCUCGGAGCUGAAGGAAUGGUGAAUGAGAUGAUCAGACACCUGCAAAAAGCUGAGAACCUGAGUGUUUACAGCAACACGUAUCUAGGCACGCCUACAUACAACAUAGUGCUUCAUUCACUUCUCGAGGCAAACGAAACUGAUUUGGUGAUCAAUAUAUUCAAACGGAUGAUAUCAAGUGGCUGUCCUGCAGACGCUGCUACCUACAAUAUAAUGAUUGAUUGUUGCAGCAUUAUUCAAUCUUAUAAAUCAGCUUGUGCUCUAGUUUCCAUGAUGAUCCGUGACGGGUUUGCUCCAAAAGCUGUUACGUUUACUGCUUUGAUGAAGAUUUUGUUGAAUGAUAGGAAUUUCGAGGAGGCACUUAAUCUCUUGGAUCAAGCUGCAUUGGAAGAGAUACAUCUUGAUGUCUUAUCAUACAACACCAUUUUGCGUAAAGCAUUUGAGAAGGGAAUGAUUGAUGUGAUUGAGUACAUAGUGGAGCAAAUGCACCGAGAGAAAGUGAAUCCAGAUCCAACGACAUGCCAUUAUGUUUUCACUUGCUAUGUGGAACAAGGGUAUCAUGCAACAGCUUUAGAAGCUUUGAAUGUUCUGAGCUUAAGGAUGCUCAACGAAGAAGACAAAGAGAGUCUUCAGGAGAAGAAAAAAGAGCUUGAGGAAAAUUUCAUCAUGAGUGAAGAUCCUGAAGCCGAAACAAAGAUAAUCGAGCUGUUCAGAGACUCUGAGGAGCAUCUUGCUGCAGCACUUCUGAAUCUAAGAUGGUGCGCGCUGCUCGAGUCCCGAAUUAUAUGGUCAGAAAACCAAAGCCCUUGGGCCAAAGAACUCUCCAAAAAGUAUGGUUAAUAGGUAGAAUGUGAACUGUUCAUUGUUCUUUCUUAAAGAAGAGCGGUUUUGGUUUCUUCCUCUUGGCUGUUGAUUCUCUGCCAGUUCACGGAAGCUGCUUCGUUUUGGUUUUGUAUCAUGUACAAACUGGUGAUUCUAAUUGAUGGCGUGCAACCGUUUUGGAGGUCACCAAAUCAACCAAACGAACGGUUGGUUUUGGUGGUUUAUUAAGACGGUUUGAUGAGACGGAUCAACAAGACGGUUAGAAGCAUUGUUAAGCGGCUACAACCCACCUAUAAAAACUAGGCCAAUUGCGAACCAUUAUCAAAUGAGAUUGAGUUUUAGUAUUUAUUUUAGAUUUUGUUAUUGUAGUAUUUUUUAUUUAUUUAAUAAAUAGCCAAAGAAAUUCUAAUUGCACAUGAAACUUGGUUA